UACCCCGCGGGGAAUUUGAAUUUGUUUCGGCGACAUUGCUCCUCGCGCUGGCGGCGGUUAGACUCAGGCGCUGCUUCUGUUAACGGGCGGGGACCGGUAAACAAAAACAAACAAAUAAGUAAAUAAAUAAAUAACUGGCGCUGCCAUGACUUCCAAGAACAUCAUCAGCAGCCGCUUCGGCCUCCGCAGAGCGGAUGUGUCCCGGUCCGAGAGCGACACCGACACAGUCCGUAAAGAAAACGCGCUGCUCAAGAAGUCCCUGGAGGAGCUGAGCAAGGGCCAGACGUGGGAACGCGAGCGGAACCGGCUGUUGGAGGCUCUAGAGAAAAACCAGCAAUGGCUGAUAUAUGACCAACAACGGGAGGCUUACGUCAGGGGUCUGCUUGGCCGCAUAUUUGAGCUAGAACAACAAAAUAGUCGGUGUUCUGACUCCAAAGAAGAAACAAAUCAACAGCUGGAAAAUAAACAGAAAUACUAUGAGCAACUGCUUUCAUCUACGAGAAGGGAUUGUGAAGCACAGCGUGAUAUUGCAGAAAGACUUAAAUUGGAGCUUUCUGAUGUGAAAAAGCAUUAUGAAGAGAAGAACUUGGAGGUCAAUGCCUUAAAUGUCAGACUGCAAGCAGAACAAGGUUGCAGUAAAUGGAAGGCUGAUGAAGAAAAGAAGUGCUCAGCUGAAAAAAUACAGAAACUUCAAACAGAGUUAGAAAAUUUAAAAGCUCAAUAUGAAGAGGAGAAAAAAAGAUCAGCGGACUUGUUAUAUCAGAUACAGCUCCUUCAAAGGUCGUCUAUAAAUCAACAAGAAGAACAGACAAGAAAUAGAAUGAUGGAACAACAGAUGCAAAACCUUACAUUAGAUUUUGAGAGCGAGAAACAAGAUCGCCAAAAGCUGCAACACCAAUUACAGAAAGUCUUGAAAGAGCUGCAUAAGGCACGAGAACAGAUCACCAGACUGGAGAAUACACAAGUACAAGACAUCUGCCUCUCAGAUCCAGUGUUAUACAGGAAUGGUGAUGAUGAAGACAAAUUGCCUUUGCCAAAGUCCAACAAUCUUCUUGAUGAGAGUUUCUUGGCAUGCCCCAAGUGCAAAGCUCAAUAUCCCACAAGUCAACACCGUGAUCUUUUGGACCAUGUUGAUUAUUGUAAUUACUAGAAUCCAUGCUGCCCUUUUUUUCUCAUUUCACUUAAAGUUGUAAUCAGAAAGCUACAGUUUGCGAAUAAACAUUUGAACAUUAAAUGAA